AUGACAGUGAUUAAAAGUGCUACUGCUACUGCCACUGCCAGUGCCAGUGCCCACGCGAGCUUAACCCUAAGUCGCCAUACGCUGAGGCCCUUUUUGUCUCGAUCGCCACUGGCAUCACUCUCAUUCUCAGGGUGUCCUAAGAUGAACUCUUCCACUGCCGCGGCUACAGCUACAGCCACGGUCACAGAUACAGACACAGAGGCCGACACCGCAAAAGCACAGGCAAGCUACAAGAUCGUCCAAGAUGCAAGCAACUUCAAAGAAACCGAAGCCACCAGACCAGCCUUCGACCACUCAAACACACCAAUCGAAGUAACUCAGACCCCAAAUCCAAACUGGGAAUACGGCCAGGGCGUCCCAGGCAAAACCAAGGCCCCUAGUCUCUCAAACCACCACGAAAUAGACCCGUACGCGCCAGACCGCGAAAUGGUAAACAACUACCGCCUUCUCAUAUCCGGGAUUGCGCCGCGCCCGAUCGGGUUCCUGAGUACUGUUUCCGCGGAAACAGGGACGGAGAAUCUGGCGCCGUUCAGCUAUUUCCAGGUUGUAGACCAUGACCCGCCGAUGUUCAUUCUGGGGUUCUCGGGGCGGCCUGGUGCAGAGAAGGACACGUAUCGGAAUCUGAAGGAAACUGGGGAAUGCGUGAUUAAUACGGUGUCGGAGAAUAUGAUCGAGGCUGUGAAUGCGACGUCUAUUGAUGCGCCGUAUGGGAUUUCGGAAUGGGAGGUGUCUGGCCUGACCAAGGCGCCGAGUUCGACUGUGCGGCCGGCGAGGGUUAAGGAGUCUGUGUUCUCUGUUGAAGGCGAGGUUGUUGAUAUUAAGGAGUUUGAAGCGCAUAAGCCUGGUAUGAGUGUGGGUGGUGUGGUAUUGAUCAAGGCGACGCGGUUCUGGGUGCAGGAGGGCGUUGCAGACGAGAAUCUCAGUCAUAUUGAGCUGGAUAAGCUACGUCCGAUUGCUCAGUUAGGUGGGAUGUCUUAUGGCAGGAUUACAUCGACGUUUGAAAGGCCGCGGACGAAGUGGGCGAACGAGGUGAAGAAGAGCAAGGUGUUGACCGAGUUGGAAAGACGGCAUGGCUUGUCAUAG